AUGCAAGAUCCGCACACGCACACACACGCGCGCACACACGCGAUCGAGCGAGCGAGCCAGCAGACCAAGGCGUCAAUCCCGUUCAGAAUACCACCGGCGGCGGCGAAGUUUCCAGCCCCCGAACGCAGGGAGGAAGGGGGAGGAUGCGAUGGCGCGGGGCCGCACAAGAGCACGCCUCCGCAGCCGCCGCUGCAGCAGCGCCGCGCCAGGUCCCGGGCGGUGCUGUGGGUCCCAACCCGCCCGAGGUGUGCGCUCGGAGCCCGCCAACCCGCGCGGCUCCGAACCCGAGGGCGGAGAGCGAGAUACCUGCACCUGCAACCGCAGCCAGAGGCACCGCCGUCAGCUUUCCAGAGCCCGGUCCCGCAGCAGCAGCAGCAGCAGCUACGCGCGCGCACACACACACACAAACGCAAGCCCGCGGGAGCCACGGCGCCUGCGCAGAAGCUAAGAACUACGAUUUUUCCCGGGGUCCGCUGGCCUCUCUUUCAAGAAACUCCAGUGCUCUCCAUAGGCUCUUGUCUGGCCUGUUGCGCAUGGUCACUGGGGAGCGGAUGGGGGAUGGGGGGCUCGGGUACUAAAUUAUUGCUGCGCCAGAGGCUUAGAGGCCUAGAACCCUCUUACCGCCGUCGGAUCUGUGCGGGCCCCGUAUCCACGAGCACUGACUCAGGACCUUCUUUGUGGAAAGCAAGCGCUGUGCCACAGAAAGUUCUCUACACAGUGCCACAGCUUAUGUUUUACAAAUGUGGAAAACCAGCUCCAGAGAAGGUCACACCCACUUCUAAUCUAGGCAGUGGUGGCGAGAGCAGUCCUGGAUCACUCUAGAAUCUGUGAUGACAGAUAAGAGAUUGCAUGAAUCUCAGGAGAGACUUUGGAUUUUGGACUUUGAAACUUUGUUGAGACUGUGAAGGACUAUGGGAACUUUUGAAGUUGGACUAAAUGCAUUUUGCAUUAUAUUAUCUUUAUAAGAGUUGCUGUGGGGCUGGAGA